CAAUGGGAUCUACGUAAAGUUGAUAAUUAUGAGUGUUAUGAGGAAUUUGAUUGGGAAGUUCAAUGGCAAAAAGAAGGAGAUUCGUUAGCUCGUUAUUUAGUUCGAAUUGGUGAAAUGACGGAAUCUAUAAAAAUUAUUCAACAGGCUUUGGAAGGAAUUCCCGGCGGACCAUAUGAAAAUUUAGAAAUUCGCUGCUUAGAUAAAGAAACAGAGCCAGAAUGGAAUGAUUUUGAAUAUCGAUUUAUUAGUAAAAAAGCGUCUCCGACUUUUGAAUUGCCGAAACAAGAACUUUAUGUAAGAGUUGAGGCUCCUAAGGGAGAAUUAGGAAUUUUUCUAAUAGGUGAUCAAAAUGGUUUUCCUUGGAGAUGGAAAAUUCGUCCACCGGGUUUUAUCAAUUUGCAAAUUCUUCCUCAAUUAGUUAAAACAAUGAAAUUGGCCGAUAUUAUGACAAUACUAGAAAUACAAGAUAUCCAUUUUUUUUUCAGAUUGGAAUCUUUUAAAGAGGUAUAUGGAAUUCUAUGGGUAUUUGCCCCUAUUUUUAUUCUUGUAUUAGGAAUCACAAUAAGUGUACUAGCAAUUGUAUGGUUAGAAAGAGAAAUAUCCGCAGGGAUACAACAGCGUAUUGGACCUGAAUAUGCUGGUCCUUUUGGAGUUCUUCAAGCUCUAGCAGACGGAACAAAACUACUUUUCAAGGAGAAUCUUAUUCCAUCUAGAGGAGAUAUUAAUUUAUUCAGUAUCGGACCAUUCAUAUCAGUCAUAUCAAUUAUAAUAAGCUAUUCAGUAAUUCCUUUUAAUUAUAACUUUGUUUUAUCUGACCUCAAUAUCGGUGUUUUUUUAUGGAUUGCUAUUUCAAGUAUUGCUCCCAUUGGACUUCUUAUGUCAGGAUAUGGGUCAAAUAAUAAAUAUUCCUUUUUGGGUGGUCUACGAGCUGCUGCUCAAUCGAUUAGUUAUGAAAUACCAUUAACUCUAUGUGUGUUAUCAAUAUCUCUACGAUUAUCUAACAGCUUAAGUACAGUUGAUAUAGUUGAAGCGCAAUCCAAAUAUGGUUUUUGGGGAUGGAAUUUGUGGCGUCAACCUAUGGGUUUCAUCGUUUUUCUAAUUUCUUCUUUAGCAGAAUGUGAAAGAUUACCUUUUGAUUUACCAGAAGCGGAAGAAGAAUUAAUAGCGGGUUAUCAAACCGAAUAUUCGGGUAUCAAAUUUGGCUUAUUUUACAUUGCUUCCUAUUUAAACCUAUUAAUUUCUUCCUUGUUUGUAACAGUUCUUUACUUUGGUGGUCCGAAUAUCUCUAUUCCGUACAUAUUUGUUUCUGAAUUUUUUGAAAUAAAUAAAGCAUAUGGAGUUUUUGUAACAACAAUUGGUAUCUUUAUUACACUAGCUAAAACUUAUUUGUUCUUAUUCGUUUCUAUCACAACAAGAUGGACUUUACCUAGGCUAAGAAUAGAUCAAUUAUUAAAUUUUGGAUGGAAGUUUCUUUUACCCAUUUCUCUCGAAAGAAAAAAAACAAAAAUAAUCAGAGAUAUUCACGAUAUGUUCCUUAUGAUAACUGGAUUUAUGAAUUAUGGUCAACAAACAGUCCGAGCUGCAAGGUACAUUGGUCAAAGUUUCACGAUUACCUUAUCUCACGCAAAUCGUUUACCUGUAACUAUUCAAUAUCCUUAUGAAAAAAUAAUCACAUCGGAACGUUUCCGUGGUCGAAUACAUUUCGAAUUUGAUAAAUGCAUUGCUUGUGAAGUAUGUGUUCGUGUAUGUCCCAUAGAUCUACCCGUUGUUGAUUGGAAACUGGAAACUGAUAUUCGAAAGAAACGAUUGCUUAAUUACAGUAUUGAUUUCGGAAUCUGUAUAUUUUGUGGUAACUGUAUUGAGUAUUGUCCAACAAAUUGUUUAUCAAUGACUGAAGAAUAUGAACUUUCGACUUAUGAUCGUCACGAAUUGAAUUAUAAUCAAAUUGCUUUGGGCCGUUUACCAGUGUCAGUAAUUGAUGAUUAUACAAUUCGAACAAUUCAAAUAAAAUUAAGUUAAUUAUAAUAUAAUUAUAAAAUCUUUUUCUAAAAAUAAAGAUUAUAUAAAUCAAAUCAUAUUCGAUAUAUUUCUAUAUAUAAAUAUAUGUAUUUGAAUAAUAUAUAUGAAUAAUAUAAAUUUGGAUAAUAAGAAAAAUGUUAUUAAAAAAAAAGAAUAAAUCUUAGAGGUAGAUAUUUUUAUAUUAGAUAUUCUAUUAGUAGAAAUAUUCGAUACAUAUAUUAUAUAUAUACUUUAGUUUUCGUAUAGUUUCAAACUACUCUUUCAUAGAAAGAAUGGAAUGACAUUGAUCCUAUAACUGUACCUAUAGCAAUUCACACUUAUUAUCUUAGGAUUUGAUUGAAUUCAAUGCGGAGAGAAAUUUAGUAUUUAGUAUAUAAUUUUUUUCCUGGUCAUAUCAAUAAAGUCAUGAAAUUUCGAUUUAUUUAUCUCUUAUUUUACAUAUAAUGGAUUUGCCUGAACCGAUACA